UUUCUGUGAAAAUUUAGAGCAAAAGCUUCAAAGUAUUUGAUCAUUGUGAUAGCACUGGAAAAAAACUGCCUGAUGUGAGUCAUUUCCUCAUCUGAGCUGUGAACCACAGGUCUGUUAAAGCAUGUGAUAUAUGUAGAUGUGAAACUCCCAUUUGAUCUCAUUCAGCAAACAUCAGCCAGGCAGAAAAAUACCCUGUGGACCUCUUACAGCAAAUCUAUAUCUGUCGAUGAGUGAGACGCAAUGUGGAUUAUACUUUUUAUCACAACAACCCUCUGUUUUUCUAUGUCCCGAGCUGGUGACUUCUGUGAAAAUGUUCUUGAUGAAUGCCGAAAAAGUGAAUCAUGGAUAGGUGGCUGCUUUUCAGUGUUUUUACAUGGCUUCAUCAUCAAAUAGUACUUGUUAGAGUGUUCGUAUACAGCCUCUAACAUAUAAAUCACACACUGAUAGUUGUAUGCUGAGAGCAAGACCAGUCUUACUUGAGAGGACAACGGAGGAUUGAUUCACAGUUCAAAUACAUUAACUAGAAGAACACAGUGUAACACUUUGGAGUAACCAUAAUUUUGUAUUAUUGUUUAAGUGUAUUGUGCAAGCUGGUGUUUGUUAAACUUGUUACAUACUUGAUUCAUCUAGAAACAUUAUUUGGAUGACAAUUCUAACGUUUUAGCUGAUAUUCAUAUUUCUUGAUUUAAAGAGCUCAGACGUAGGCAGAAGUGCUGGAGAUGGCGUAAUAAGACUGCGAACCUCUGUGUCCGCUUUCUCUCACUGUUGACUUUUGUCUCUACUUGUCUUUUUUACUGUACUUUUUAUAUUUCUUUCUUAUUUUUCUUUUUGGCUUUUGUUAGCUGCUUGGAUAGAUUUAGGCAGCUAAAAGUAUUCAGUUAAGUUUAGUAAAAAACUGUGGACCGGGUUAAAAUACCACAACUUAUGCCUUGUCUUAUAGUUUCUGCAGCUCAUGCAUCAAAGUACCAGGUGCAGUAACACUGCGGUCUCUGGCAUGGCAGCAGCUUUGUCUGAAUUUCUCACAUUGUUUUGCUGUGAAAGACAUCCGGCUCAUAAUAUUUAAAAAUGUUCUAUGUACCAAUGUCUUCAAAAUCUAAUAACCAUAGCUUUUUUGGCAUUUAAAUAUAUUUAUGUUUAUCAAACUAUUAGGGUUCUUAUUUAUUAGUAAUAGUUAGAUGUAAGUCAAGAUUAGUUGGUAAAGUUUAGGAAAAGAAUGUAGUUUAGUCACUAGUUUGGGUUAAAAUAAGCCAGUUUACUUUGAAAACAAACCGGUUAGACAGUGCAUUCAAAUGUUACGCUGAGGGUUCAAGGCUAAAUGUUUAUGUAAAACAAGAUUUUAUAAUCGUUGAUGCCAAAGAUAUCAGUGUCACAUUUUGAGAUGCCAAAAGACUUAACAAAGCUGUAGAAUUUGAUAUAUGAUAAUAUGGACAUUAUUAUUAAAUUAUUGUCAGAAAUUUAAAUUAAAGCAAGUACAAGAGAAUUUGUUUUUGUUCAACUCAAGUUCUUGCAGUUUCAUUUUUUCUCCUUUAAAUGUAUAGCCAUGAACAAAUGAAAUAAUCAAAUAGCAGAGAAAGGUCCACUAUGAAAUAAUUGAUCUUGCUUCUGAUCUCUUUCCAUGAGUUUGUCAUUUUCAUCCUCAGUUAUAUCCCUGUUUGCAUGUUUAUAUUUCUGAACUAUGUUAAAUAUCUGUUGGUAGUUGUUAUGAGGAUCGAAUUAUGACCUGCAAAGCAGGCCGCUUCAUGACAGGCAUCAAACAACUCAAAGUAGACUCGCUUCAAGAGGUUGAUGUGAGUCUUACAUUUGAACAUAGAGUUCACAUCCCAUCAUCAGCUCUACAAGAAAGUAUAGGAAAUGUGUCUGAGGUGGAGGUCUUGGUGGUGGCCUCUGUAAUUAACAGCAGUCAUUUUAAGCUGAGUCGUCCCGAAAGAAGUAGGAUACAACAAAUUCAAGUGUUUAGGGACUCAGUCGUAUGUGUGCGGGCAGGAAACCGUGCAGUCGAGAAUCUCUCACAACCCAUCACGUUAACCUUUAAACACAACAAAGAGGUUGAAAGUGGAACUUGCGUAUUUUGGCAGGAAACAUCAGCAGAGGAUGGAACAGGUUACUGGAGCGGUCAAGGCUGUGAAACAAAUUACACGGCACAUGAAUUUAUUUGCAGCUGCAAACGUCAGAGAUUCUUUGCUGUGCUUGUGAAUCCAGGAAUAUCGGUGACAAAAGCUCAUGCUGACAAGCUAAACUACAUCACUUACAUUGGAUCAGGACUCUCCGCCCCCUUCGCAUUGAUCAGUUUGUUCAUCUAUAUUUAUCUACAUCGGCGGCAUCCUGAGAAAUCCAUAAGUCUGCACAUGCAGCUAACAGUGGCGAUGUUCUGCCUCCAUCUCACCUUCCUGCUGUCCAGUCUCCUGGCCCAACUACUGAAGGAAAAAGAGGACAGCUCAUCUUGCCUGGUACUGGGUCUGGUUUUACACUGGUCCCUGCUGGCCACCCUGACCUGGAGUGCUCUGGAGGGGUUCCACCUCUACCUUCUGCUCAUCCGGGUCUUUAACAUCUAUGUGAGGAGGUACCUGCUCAAACUCAGCCUGAUUGGAUGGGGUUUUCCUACAGUGGUUGCAGCUGUUUGUGGGAUUUCACGUGUUUAUGGCAAAUACACUCUGAAUUACAGUGACAGCAAUUUAACACAACACAUGUGCUGGAUAAGUGACAAGUCUGAACAAAAGCUCCUCAUAGUCAGCCACAUCACUACCGUGGCCUUUCCUUUCUUCGUGGUUGUGUUCAAUGCCUGCAUGCUGGGGCUGGUGGUGUUUAAGAUUUGGGAUCUAAGAAGAGGUGAUAGAAACUUUGGAAGCAGCAGUGACUGGAAGAAGAUAAACAAAGAGAAAAGAAAGAGGUUAUGGAAGGACUGUGUCACAGUGCUGGGCCUCAGCUGUGUGCUGGGGUUACCUUGGGGGUUAGCCAGCACUACAUACGUUUCACUGGGAGGGAUCUACAUAUUCACCGUAUUGAACUCCCUUCAAGGUUUAUUUAUUUUCCUGUGGUCUGUGGCUUUGGCCUGGUCAAACUCUCGAACUGCAAAUAACUCAUCAAUCAGAGACUCUUCCUCUCAGAAAAUGAUGACUACUAGUUUCAACAGCAAAAACUGAAAAGACAAAUGCAUUAUCCAUGACCUAUAUUAGGUGUUGCGCUUCUAUUUAUAUGUAGUUCAGUAUAACUAACAAUUAAAAAUAUAUACACAUUUAAA